CCCUGACACCUCAUCGCCUCCUCUUCCUCUUCCUCCUCCUGAUGACGGAGCUCCGAGUCCGUCAUGUCGUGUGCCGGCUCGGAAACAGUAACAGGUGAUAGUAGUUGUUGCGCGGCCGGAAUACGUCACCGUUUCGGUCUCGAGAGCGUACAGGCUUCCGCGCGCGCUCGUGUUCGUACUCGGGCAUGGUAUACGGGUCGGAGAAAGCGGUUGCCUCGGGCGGCAGCCUGGAUACGCCACAACUUCCGCGGCAGUUGUGUCGACUCGACCGCUCUCCCGUCGUGUGCGAUGCGCGCCCUAUAUAUUCGGUAGCUGCCCGCGUGACCAAACCACACGCAUCCGGCUCCGCCGCCCGCUCCCAGCUCACGCCAAAGGCGACGACGCCGUGUUCCGCCGCCCGACACGCUUCGUGUUUCGACCAGGCUAGGUAGCUUGCUCGCUUCCGGUCGCCAUGGAGGCUGCGCCGGCGGCGGUCAUGGAGCGGGAGCGCCUCACGGCCGAGAUGGCCUUCCGCGACCCCGACGGGGGCGAGCCGGCGCCCAGUAUCGUCAUCAAGAUCCGCCGCCGGCUCCCGGACUUCGCGCGGAACAUCAAGCUCAAGUACGUCAAGCUCGGGAUCCGCCACGGCGGCAGCCCCACGUCGGUGCUGCCGAUGCUCUGCGUGCCCGCGCUCGCCGCCGCCGCCUACUCGUUCGUCCGCCUCGACGUCAUCUACUACUCCAUCGACCUGCUCACCUGCGUCGCCUGGCUCGGCACCGCCGCGCUGCUCCUCACCGUCUACUACUUCAAGCGGCCCCGCCCGGUGUACCUCGUCGAGUUCGCGUGCUACAAGCCGGAGGACCAGCACAAGAUCUCCAAGGCGGGAUUCCUCGAGAUGACCGAGAGCACCGGCUGCUUCAAUGAGGCGGCCCUGGACUUCCAGACCAAGAUCACCAACCGCUCCGCGCUCGGCGAUGAGACGUACCUGCCCCCCGGCGUCCAGGCGCGGCCGCCCAGGCUCAACAUGGCGGAGGCGCGGAUGGAGGCCGAGGCGGUCAUGUUCGGGUGUCUGGACGCGCUGUUCAAGUCCACGGGGAUCGACCCGCGCCGCGAUGUGCGCAUCCUCAUCGUCAACUGCAGCCUCUUCAACCCGACGCCGUCGCUGGCGUCCAUGAUCAUCAACCACUACAAGAUGAGGGAGGACGUCAAGUCGUUCAACCUCGGCGGCAUGGGCUGCAGCGCCGGCCUGAUCGCCAUCGACCUCGCCAAGGACAUGCUCCAGGCGAACCCCAACUCGUACGCCGUCGUCCUCAGCACCGAGAACAUCACCCUCAACUGGUACUUCGGCAACGACCGCUCGAUGCUCCUCUCCAACUGCAUCUUCCGCAUGGGCGGCGCGGCGGCGCUGCUGUCCAACAAGCGCGCGGACGCCGGGCGCGCCAAGUACCGGCUGCUCCACACGGUGCGCACCCACAAGGGCGCCACCGACGAGUGCUUCAACUGCGUGUACCAGCGCGAGGACGAGGCCUGCAAGGUGGGCGUCUCCCUGGCGCGGGAGCUCAUGGCGGUGGCCGGCGACGCGCUCAAGACCAACAUCACGACGCUGGGGCCCCUGGUCCUGCCCCUGUCCGAGCAGCUCAAGUUCCUCAAGUCCCUGAUGAUGCGCCGCGUGUUCCGCGUCAAGGGCGUGCGCCCCUACAUCCCCGACUUCCGGCGCGCGUUCGAGCACUUCUGCGUUCACGCCGGCGGGCGCGCGGUGCUGGAGGAGGUGCAGCGCAGCCUGAGCCUGCGGGACACGGACAUGGAGCCCAGCAAGUGCGCCCUCCACCGGUUCGGCAACACCAGCAGCAGCUCGCUGUGGUACGAGCUGGCGUACGCGGAGGCCAAGGGCCGGGUGCGCCGCGGCCACCGCGUGUGGCAGAUCGGCUUCGGGUCCGGGUUCAAGUGCAACAGCGCCGUGUGGCGCGCGCUCCGCGACGUGCCGGCGCUGCCGUCCCCCGGCGCCGGCGCCGCCGAGGACAGGAGGAGCCGCUGCAACCCCUGGGCGGAGGACGUGGACAAGUACCCUCCCAAGGCGUACGUCUGAUGGCCCACUUCAUCGCACAACAAUUGUAUGAUUCGAAUCGAUUUUAAUUUCCUCACACUCACGACGAAGGAAGAAGGGCGCGCGAGGGAAAAGAACACAGCAUAUAUGUUUUUUUUCUUUUUCAAUUUUCUCUGUAAUUUUUUCUUCGUUCUUCCUUCCAGUAUACUAGUAGGUUGCCGUGCGUAGACGACAGUGCUGGUUUAUUUGGAAUUCAGAGAUUCAUUUUAUGUGGUGCAAAAUGAAUUCCAAGAGCCAGCACUGCUAUUCUUUCUCAGCCUUUUGUUGUCUGGUCCUCUGUCUUGGCUUUCUAGACGCCGGGGAAGAGAUGGCGGACGGACACCGUUGUGCAGUUUCACAUGACUAUUCAUCAUCAAUCAAGUGUGAAUUACUAAAUCAUCAA